GUGAGACUAAUUCUUGGUAAAUGAACAUGAACUACAAGAAAUGGUCGACAUUAGUGCUGAUAAAUUCUGAAUCUUUACAUGAAGAAUAUGUGUCACAGCUGAGUGCAGUGGCUCACACCUGUAAUCCCAACACUUUGAGAAGCCAAGACAGGCAAAUCACCAGAGGUCAGGAGUUCAAGACCAGCCUUGCCAACGUGGUGAAGCCCCGUCCCUACUAAAAAAAAAAAAAAAGAAGCCGGGCGUGGUGGCGGGCGACUGUAAUCCCAGCUACUUGGGAGGCUGAGGCAGGAGAAUCACUUGAACUUGGGAGGAGAAGAUUGCAGUGAGCCGAGAUCAUGCCACUGCCCUCCAUCCUGGGCGACAUAGUGUGACUCUGUCUCAAAAAAAAAAAAAAAAAGAAUAUGUGUCAGAAGAGAGAAAGGGAGGUAUGGCCUUAAUGCUGUAUUAAUUUAUAAGAUAGAGGCAUGGUAUUCUUGGAUUCUGGAGCCUAUCAAGACAUUUCAAGGUAUAGAUUUGAAUUGAAAAAGUAUGGAAAGAUAAGAUGAGCUUUCAAGAGGGAUGCUGAUCAUAAGUCUUUAGGGUUAUUGUCUCUGUGACUAUGGUCAGACCAGCUUCACUGUGGAAGUGGAACUUAAGAAUGAAAAAGGCAGCACGCUUUCCAACUGCCUGACUGCUUGUUGGCCUCACCGGUGGGAGCUCCAGCAUCUCCUUUGCUCGAAAUGGACCCCAACUGCUCCUGUGCCACUGGCGGCUCCUGCACGUGCGCCGGCUCCUGCAAGUGCAAAGAGUGCAAAUGCACCUCCCGCAAGAAGAGCUGCUGCUCCUGCUGCCCCAUGGGCUGCAAGUGUGCCCAGGGCUGCAUCUGCAAAGGGGCGUCAGAGAAGUGCAACUGCUAUGCCUGAUGUGGGGACAGCUGUGCUCCCAGAUGGAAAUAGAGUAACCUGCACAAACCUGGAUUUUUUAGAAAAUACA